AUGGCCUCGUCAGCGAAUCCCAGCGCGCUGCAUCCCUUUCAAGCAGCCGCCAUCGCCAACAUCAAGGCCCAAGCCCUCCAGCUCAGACCGGACGCUCUCGCCAACAUCUCCCACAUCUUGCGCAUGUCCAACAUCCCGAUAACGAAGCUCGACGAUAUCCGAAAAACAAUUGUUCAACAUGCCCGGGUUGCACUGCAUUUCCAUCCCGAUCGCCCGUCUCGCAGCGGCCGCACCGUCGUUGAAUCUCUUCUCGAAGAUGGAACUUACCGGAACCAAUUUGAAACGGGCAUCUCAAACGGCCUCGUUGCGACGCAGUUGGGCGGUGCUCGCGAUGAAUGGGAACGAAGCCUCUUUAGCGGUGCAUAUCACGGCUUCACUCGCGACCCAAACACAGUGGAUGCCUUUGAUCUGUCACUGAGGCCCAAAUACGGUGCCUUGGAUCUGAUGCGUAAUUCCGACGGUCCUGCACCGCGAUUUGGGUCGUGCUACUUUCUACUUCGACCCGAGGUGUCUUCUCGGUCUACAUUCACGUUUGGGGGCUCACAGGCUGCGCCCAAGGACAGAGGCACGAUUGAUGAGUUUGAUGCAAUUUUGGCUGCUCUGCUGGAGGAAUGCUUCACGUGGGACGCGGCGCUGGGGGUGCAGAACGUGAGACCCAAGCAGAUGGUGGACUAUAUCAACGCUCUGAGAGAGUCACCACUCGUUGGAGAGCACUACAAGAGAAUACCGAGCCGCAACCUGGAUCACUUGAUCGAGGCGCAGAUCCAUGGCGACGUCCUUCUCUCGCGCGAUGUCGAAGCUCUAGUUGUUGAUCCAUCGUUCUUCAGCCGCGGCGACACCGGUCCUCUUCUUAGAGCUUUGGGCGAAACGUAUGGAUUCCCGGUAUUUGUGCAUCACGGGUUCCAGUUGUCGAUCGACGACGUUCCGGAUGACUUUCGGGGCCCUACGAUGCCUUCUUUGGCGGCGAGGAUUGCGUUUGAGGGGGGUGUGGAUGUGCAAGUCGUCGGAGAGGCUGUGAGGGAUGCGGUCUCUGGUGGGCAGCUACUGAGAGACAGAGGGACUUUGGCCGAGGUCUUGCAAGAGCUGAAGCUCUUGUGGCAUGUCUUGGUUCGAUAUGGGUGA